GGAACUGUGAACACAGUAAGGAUGUAUGGACCCUCGUCAGUACAGCCGCAUUCUCAGUCACAACCUCAGCCUCAGACUAAUGCUUUUUCUCAUGGUAAUGUCAACACAGUUAGAUUAUAUGGACCCCCUACACCAUCACAGUCACAGCCAACAACUAUUUUUCAAGGUACUGUCAACACUGUCAGAUUGUAUGGACCCCCUACACCAUUAGGGGACUCUCAGCCAGGAGGGUCUACUCAGCCAACAGUGUCUUCUCAGCCAUUCAACCCAAUUUCAUCAAAGCCUGUUACUAUAAGUCAAAAGAUUAUUCCAACAGUGGAGAAGGCAAUUGGCGUACUUGAGGCCAAUCAGAGAAAGAGGAAGAAGCCGGAAUGGCAAAAAUAUUAGGGUGGUUUUGUUGGUGAUAAACAAUUUAUGGAUGUGUUUGGAUGUGUUAUUGUAGAAAUGUUUUGAUGACAAGCAAGUGUUGUUUUGAUGAUACAUGUGAAGGAUAUGUUUGGAUGUAAUUGAUUAGACAAACAUGUAUAAUUAUGUAAUUGUGUUGAUGACUUAGAUGAUGGAUGUAUUUGAACCUAAUUUGAUGAAAAGUAGGUGUUGUUUAGAUGAUUUGGAUGAUGCCUAAAUGUUU